CUAGAAACGAAAGGAGACGAUAGGUGGAAUAACGGUUUUACUGUUGUUUUUAUAUAUUUUGUUUUAUUUGUGUAUGUUAGAAUGUCAAUUUGAUUUAAAAAAACAAUUCUCAAAAAUAUGGAUUAAUCUUUUAAUUCUGCUCUAUAAUGCUUACGAAGGUGAUUCAUUAGUGAUUUUGUAAUUCUGAAUAUGGAUUGAUUUGCAAUGCCAACAAUCUAAAUUAGUUAACACUUUUUGAUUUAAACGUUUUUGUUAUUUGAUUUUCUCAAGAAUACGCUCGUAUGCUGUCUUUGAGGACGUCUAAAUGAUUAGACAACUGUUUAGAAAAAAUCGGUUCACUUACAACGAAUAGUAGUUGUAGUUUUUACAAAUAUUGAUUGAAUUAGGAAGUUAGUAGAACACUUCACUUUUAAUAACAACGUUCUGUUUUUAAGCAUUAUCAAUUGAUAUCGUCAGUUAGCUCAUGGAUUUAAAAAUAAUUUCAACUUAGUUAUUAUAUUUCAAACACAAAAAACAAUGCUCUCUUAUCACAAUAAAAAAAAAACGUUACUACGGCACCUACUUUCUGUACUUUGAUGAAUUACUAAGGUUGAAUAAGACGAUGUUACUUCUCUGCUUUAUUGUUCACUUAACGUUAAUUUAUUUAUAACCUACGUCCCGUAUUUCAUCACGACUCGCAAUAACUUUAAGGUGUUCACUGAAUAUAUUGCUAAAAGCUUCAUCGUUCGAUGAACUUAUUUCUUCUGAAUUUGACCUAUGUUUUGUGCGCGUCCUCCUCAUUUGAAGUCUGAAACACGACUGCCACGAAACUCAUUCAACAAGCUGAGAGGAUGUGGGCGGGGCGUGCGGGACGCGACGUCAUUGGGCAAACGGCCGCCGCGCAAUAAUGGCCGCCAACGCAUUCCGCCAAUGAGCAGCGCGCGAGCUGAACGCGCGGUCCGUCCGGCGACCGACGCGACGUUGCCAGCUUUUCCGAAAAAAAAUACCAGAUUCGACCUUCUUAGGACUCCCGUUUUUUUUUGUUUAGCGCGUUAUCAUUCGGUAACGUGUACUGGGGACCUUAUCCGUUUGUGAAAUGGUGCUCGCGGUUCGAAGGUGGAUUGCUCGUGUUGUGUUUUAGUGUACUAUGGUGUGGUCGACGCCAUCGGGAGAGGUGUUGAUAGACAUCGUCACAAGGCCCGGGCAGACGGAUCACGGGCACGGCGGCGGCGCGCUGGCAUACGGCGGCAAGCCGGCCGGCGCGGUGGUGGCGCCGCCGCAGCCGCGCGCGCCUCCCGCGGCGUACGCGCAGCCCUACUCGCCCGCUCUGCGGCUGCACCAGCCCGGCUAUGGCUCCGCCGCACUUACAUUCAGGGAUGGCAGCGGCUACGUCCGUAGCGGUGGCGGCGGCGGCGGCGGGGGCGGCGAGUACCGCGGCGGGCGGGUGUCGCUGCUGGGCGGUGCCUACCUGCCAGCGCCGCAGCCGCAGCCGCAGCACCCGCCCGCCGCGGAACCGCCGCCCUUCAAGAAGAUCCGCUUCGGUGUCGAUCGACCGCCCCCCACUCCUAUGUCCUUGCAUCAGCCGCUCAGAGUCGAUACUAGGGAGUCGGUGAACUCGUAUAAUACCGUGGAGCUCUCACCCAACCCGCCUUCGGAGCCCACGGUGGAAGACCAGAGCUUUCGCACCACCAAGGAUGACCUGCUGCAACAGAUAUCCAAGGUGGACCGCGAGAUGGCGUUGUCUGAGGCUACACUAUCGAAGCUCAAGAAAAAGCAGGAGGAGCUGGAGCAGACGGCUUCCAAGCCAGCCCGAGCCGAAGAACCUGAGGAAGCGGUGCCGAGGCAUAGGAGUCUGGCACAGUGUGUCUACGCGGACAAUAGAAAGAAGGCGAUGUGCGCUCACGCCGCCGUUUCCCAUUUGGGCCCGGCGGUGCAAUGGCCUCUCUACAAUCAGCCUCAAGACGCGGCCCCCUACCACGACAAUAUUCGUAAACAUCGCGCCUUCCGCCGUCGCCUCGCCGCGCACAUACAUCGCCUAAAGAGGGAAGCUGCUAAGCGAGAAGAGAUGUUAGCAGAAGCGUACAGCUCACGUGCAGCAGAGUGGUUAAGAAGGGUAGAGAGGAUAGAACAAGGGCAGAAGAGGAAAGCAAAGGACGCCAGAAAUCGAGAGUUCUUCGAGAAGGUAUUCCCCGAGUUAAGAAAGCAGCGGGAAGAACGCGAGCGUUUCAAUCGCCUCGGGGCCCGAGUUAAAUCCGAAGCUGAGCUAGAAGAAAUAGCUGACGGUCUCCACGAACAAGAACACGAGGACAAGAAAAUGAGGUCGUUGACCGUCGUGCCGCCGCUACUGAGGGACCCAAGGGACCCCACGCCCAAAUACAUUGACACUAACAGACGGUGUAUGGAUAUGGAGGCGGAACACAAAGGACUGCAGAACAGGAACGUUUGGUCAGCGGCCGAAAGAGAAGUGUUCCGGGAGAAAUACUUACAGCAUCCCAAGAACUUCGGACAGAUCGCCUCCUUCUUACCCAGGAAAAGUGUCAGAGAUUGUGUCAGGUUCUACUACCUAUCAAAGAAGGCGGAGAACUACAAGCAGUUACUCCGUAAACCUCGGCAGCGCCGCUCGGCUCGGAACCCGGCGCGGGCGGCCCCGGAGCCCGACCUGCCCGCCGGCGUCACCACGCGCCUGCAGCGCUCGCAAGGCGCAACACAACGCACGACUGACAAGGAGCCGAGCAUAGAAGAAGGGCUGGGGUGUAUACUACCCCCAGCCGCCCCUGCGCCCGCGCAUCCAGCACGGACGGAGCUGAUCCGUACGCCGCCUUUGAUCCCGUCGCCGCCGCCGGCGUCAUCGGCGCCCGGCGGCGGGGCCAGCAGCGACCCGGUGCCGACCACGCCGCCGCCGCUCGAGCUCACGCCGGACACGCCGCUACCGCCGCUGCCACCCAUGCCGCCCCCCAGUGGGGACGCCGGGCCUGGAGGCACUGCAUCUCCGUCGAGCGUGGCAUCUCCCCUCCCCCCGGGCGGCAGUACGACGAUGGUGCCGUCAGCGGUGGCAUCCAUACCCACGCCGCCCACGCCCACGCAGCCGCCCACGCCAACACAGCCGCCCACGCCGGAGACAGCGAUGACGGAGCGCGUGAGCACGCCUUCGAGCGUGAGCAGUACCCCAGCCGUAACAACCACACCUACUCCACCCGUAACCACAGUCGCUGCAUCCACUUGUUGCGCUGUAUGUGGUGGACCAAAUGCUACCAGGGCAGUCUCCAGAGCGAGAGCUACCCACUAUGGUUUACAAGAAGAAUCGGCAGGUGCUAGGGUGUGCGAGCCUUGUCAUUGCCGAUGUGUCCGGUCCCGGUAUACUCGGUGUCCGGUACCUACUUGUCCUGGGCCUCGAGUCAGGGCGAAACGGUUAAGACACCUCCCGCCAAGAUGGCACGAUCUCAGUUUAGAAUUGAAGAGGCCGCUUAUGGACGAAUUCCAGAUUCCGAGUGAGUUGAGCAAAUGCUGCCUAGCCUGCCUGAAGCGUAUAACGCGUCGGUUAGAGACGGUGGGCGAGGGAACCACGGAACCGUCUGAGGAGGAGGUGUCCCGGUUCAGAUCCUUACUGAGGGAGCAUGGUACCGCGUGGGAUCGAGCCGCGGCCGCCUGUGGCAGGUCGCCCGCUGCUUUGAAGGCGUUUUAUUUUACAUACAGGAAAAAGCACCAGCUCGAGUCCUGCAUCACGAGUAGUAGUUUAGAGCGUUCGACGCCCAUUCGUUCUUCCUCCGAAGAGAGCGGUAGUUCAGGGGCGGGCGAUUCGUCUAGCGGGGAGCAGGGCCCCGCGCCGCCCCCGCCCGGGCCCCGGACAGACGCGGCCGCGCCGAGAAGAGCUAGACGCGACGAAUACGACUCGUCGGCGACGGAGACGGCGGAUGAGGAGAGCGAGCCCAGUGCUAAGAUACUACCGCCCACAUCGCUACCCCCAGUGAGCGUAGUAUCGUCAGCACCGGCCCCUACACUCAUAUGUAGCUCCAGUACAGUCAGCAGCGUAGUUACCACGCCCACAGUUUCCGGCGUGGCCACAGUUACCGGCGUAACCGGCGUGACCGGCGUUACUGGCGUCGGAAAUAGUACGGCGGCGUUAGUGUCAAGAAACGGCCCCGCCGGCACGCCGCUUACUGUCAGAGACGUGGUUUUAAACAUGAUUGAGAUCAGUUUGACGAAGAAUAAUCAAGCCACACCGCCGCAGCCUAAGCCACAUCAAUUAAAAGUUACAUCAACGUCAGGCAACAGGGAAUCGCUAGCAACACUGAGCGUUGUAAACAGCACGCAUAGCGCGCGAAGUUCGCCGCGGUCCCCUCAACGCCCAGCCACGAUCACGCCGUUGCAGCCGUUGCAACCGUUGCAAGAUGGCGUCGUCGUGCUACACAUCGAGCCCCGUCCGGAACCGUUGCUUGAUCUCAGCGUGAAGCGGCCGAGACAUGAGUUGGCGUUCCCUCCGCCUAAUAAACCGCCGUAUCGAAACAACGACUAUCCCCCAACACCGUACCGAACAGCCGAGAGAGAAUCGCCAACCCAAUACAACUCUAAACCUAAACAGACGCAACAAACGGCCGCACCUAGGCCUCAACUCAAACCGGCGGCCAACCCAAAGGGGUCCAUAACGUUAGGCACUCCGGUCGAGGGUAGAUUUGAGCCCAGAAGGACCCCGGAGCCUAAAGGGGGCUCCAUAACGGCUGGAACUCCGGUACAUCAUGAUAAGAGGGCGUUUGACUUCUAUAAGAGGCGGAGUCCUAGCGGACCGUAUUACACUGGAGCCCCGCCCCAACAGAGACCGCAUUCGCCUAACUAUUCACCUCAGCAACAAAGCACCGGCUCCGGCUACUCCCGCAGCCCGUACGGUAUAGAACAACGUCAGAUCAUAAUGGCGGACUUCAUCACCUCGCAGCAGAUGCACGGCGGCGCCAGAAGGGGGGUGGAAAGGGAGAACUCCCCUCCACCAGGGGCGGCUUACAGGCGGGAGCCUGUCAUACAGAGAUACCCGCAUCAACCGCCCCCACCACCUCCCCCGCCGGGUCACGAGGCGUUCACGUCGCUGGUAGACGUGGCAUCAGCGGCGUCCGCUCUGCCGGUGCCGCGAGCGCCCGAACAGAAACCCGAACCCAAGACCUCGCACGUGCAGCACCAGCAGCACUCUGCGCACGGCCCGCAACCACACGACAUCAGAUUGCAAGACAGACUGCAACGAGACAUGGCGAUAGCACAGAAGUACCAUCAACAACAUUUACAAUAUCAAGUCUUAGAAAGAGACAGGAGAGCGCAGCAAGCGCAAUAUUUGGAAAGGGACCGACAAAUAGCGUUGCAACAGAAUAGAGAUCGUGAACGAGCGAUGCAAGCGUUACAAGAGCGGCACGCGGCCGGAGAGCAUUCCCAUCACGCGCAGAUGCACGAGCGACACCAUCUGCAGCAUCCGCAGGUGGUAUCGAGUCAGGAAAGCGAGCGACGGAUGGCGUACACGCAACACAAACAACAGCAUCGUGCUCAAACGCAUCUAAUCGACAGGAAAGAUGGCCGUCCCCCAGUAGCAGUCAGCGUGGCUAGCAGCGGCCCUUUGCCUAGCGUAGCAGUGGGGGCUCCAGUGGGGGCGGGGGCUCCGGCGGGCGCGGGGGCUCCAGCAGUAGCGGGGGCCGGGGUGGGGGCGGGGGCGGAGGGCAGGAGGCCCGGGGAGGGGACUCUCACCGCGGCCUCGCUCAUUGAUGCGAUAAUAACGCAUCAAAUAAGCCAGGCUACGGACACGCAGAGAUACCCGACCCUACGCGAGUGCGAUAACGGCGCCCCCAACCAAUCGCAAGGCGAUCGGGAUCGUUCCACGUGCGAACGACCCGAACGACCGGAACGACCCGAAAGACCGGAACGACCCGAUCGACCUGAAAGACAAGAAGACCCGCAGCACACAACUAGCAUAAAGCUGGGAGAUCUCGCCUCAAAUAUUAUUACCAGGGACUUUUGCAGUCCCACUGCUGCGCUUGUACAUCAUAAUAACCGUUUCGCCGUAUCCACGUCGGAGGGGUACAGCACGGGCGGGGCCACAGUACAGGCAGGCCCACAGGCGGGGGCGGGCUCACAGGCUGUAGCGGGCUCACAGGCGGUAGCGGACGAAUGGAAGAGACGGGAGGCGCCCAAGCAUGCCCCUUAUUUAGUGGAGCCGGUGUCGCCGCCUGACAACCAUCACGCUAAUAGAAGCAACAGCAGUCGUCGUUACAGCGGCGCGGGCGGCGUUCUAACCGCCUUCGACUACGUCACCAACCGCAUCGUUGAAGUGAUGCGAUCCGACGCUGACGAACGAGCGAAACCGCCGGCUUUCCCUACUGCAUACGCUUACCCUUAUUCAGCACUCAAUGUUCCCGCUGACGCAGGCGGCAGUAGCAGCACCUCCGUAGGAGUCGGGGUAGGGGUCGGAGUUAACGUAAACCCCCCCUCGGGUACCGUAGGCGUGUCCGUAGAACCUGCGCCCUUAAUGUCUUCGCAAUACGAACCACUUUCCGACGAGGACUGACCCCCCCGGGCCCCGCCUAGACCACCGCAACCGCCCUCCUAGCGGCGACGACGGUCCGUCAUACGACGCACGCCUACGAACGACACUUAAAAUAAACAAAGAAGAGAAAAAAACGUGGCUGUACACGGCAUUGUGCCUUUGCCUGAUGACGGAAAAUGGAAAAUUUUCAAUGGCUGUAUGCAUCGCCUUUGCCCGGCAUUCGAUAACGAGUUUUUGUAGGAAACGAGGAUAGAGGCUGAAUGAAACCUGCGCUUUAUCGAUUACAAUCUCAGCAAUUACAAGGUUGAGAAAAACUCUUACAUACAGCCUUUACACGAUAAAAGCGUGAAGGCUUAACGAAUCUGAAGUUUUACUAAACAAAACCGAGAACUAUUAUAAAUCAUGAGAAGUAAAAUCAAAACUAUGCAUGAAAUGGCACGAAUUAGUUGAGGAACUGAUUCGAUGCAUGAUGGAAUCACGAAAAAGAAUGAACACAGGCAAUGAAACUUUCAAAUUAAAGUUGAGAUUAUGGUAUAAAUGAAAUAAAUAUGUAAAAAGAAACGAAAACUGAGCGAUUUUAUUGACUGAGCUUAACGCUUGAGUGGCAAUGCUAAAUAUAGGAGAAGCAACGAACGCUUACAGGAAACGUUUUAUUGUGAUGCAACUUGGGAUAUAUCACUUUGAAGUGAUAAGUGUAAACAAGCUUUUAUGCUAAGUUAUCGCAAACAAAAGUGCUUAUAAAUAGGCAAAAUGACAAAAACUUAUUCUUAUUGUGUACUUGAGGAAUUCUCCAUAUUGUGAACAAAUCAUGUGUGAAUAGUGAGAAAGUGCAAAUAUGAAAACACAAAACUGUGAAUUUUAAGUUAAAAUAAAAACUUUUCUAUUAAUCUAUAAAUAAUUAUUAUGAACUUGAAUUUAUCAUUCGAAAAUUUAAACAACGACUAAAUUUAAUCAGCAAUCCUCUUAAUUAUGGUAAUAACAAUUGUUAAUUAAAUAAAUUUGAUCAAAGUGCAGUAUCCAGCAUUAGUACGGAGAGCAGUGAACUACGGACAGUUGAUUGUAAUCAUGACGGACAACAGUCGAUCGAUACCAUAACGCAUUUGGAGUGUUUAACACUGAACUAUUCAUAAAAACAGGGAUAUAAUGCAUUCGAUGUGUUGUGUUGAGCUUUAAGUGUAAACUGGUGCCGGAAACAAAGAAACCGCAUACCCCAGUGGUUGCAAUUCUGUGGCUUGUGCAUAUUGCUCAGUGAACACGGUAAAACAUAAAUGUACAGUCAUAACAUGCAAAGUAAAUUUGAAUUUCUUUUAAUACAAUAAUUGAUGAUAAAUAGCCAGUGGUGUCUUAAUAUUUUGUUCUAUAAUGCUCAUAUUAUGUGAGCUUAAAAUGUUAUAAGUAUUCCGUGUUUCACUUGCAAUAUCCACUGUCAACAUAAUAGUAAUUUUGUAUGUGAUAAAUUAUAAUGUCCAUUGCCUUCAGCUGUCUUUUGAUAUUUGUAAACUUUAUGUAAUAGACUGACCAGAUGUCUAGUGUUGUGCUUGAUCAUGAAAUAAUAACGAUAAAAAAUUUUGAAUACCAGUGAGCAAUUUUUUUUAUUUUUUUUCUUGCUUCAAUUGAAAAUGUCAGUGAAAUUGAUAAAAAGAAUUAAAUACUUAGCUUAUUAUAAAUAUUUGUCAGAAAACUGAGUACUUUUCUUAUUUAUCGAUAAUGGUAAAAUGAGCUAGCACCUCACUAGUCAGUGUAAUAUGUAAUUAAUAAUGUUGUUAAAAAAUAUACAAAUAACCAAUGUACGUAUUUUCAAUGGACUUUUGACAGAAGUGUGUGAUGUUUUUUUAAUGAUGAACCUAUGAAAGAUCGACCUAUCUGCAUAGUUUGUGAAGAACACGCAUCUUUUUGUUGAAACCUUAUGAUAAUUAGGUGUGUAAAUGAAUUAAUCUGUUAACUAAAAAGAGUGACCCGACCGACGCGGCCAGAAGGGGAGUCGCCAUUGUGACACAAUACCACUGAAAUCAUUCUGCCACUUUUUGCGGGAGGAGGAAUAUGUACACAAAUGCAGUCUAACAUACUCCCGCAAAAAAACCAAUUGUAUUUAAGACACACACAUAAAAAAUUACAACACUAAGGCCCGUAUUAUAGAAAGACUAGCAAACCAGUGAACCAAAUGUUUACCAAAACCUGAUUUCUCGAAAACCGGAAGUGCUACGUUACUCAAAUCCGGUUUGUAGUCUUAUCAGACUAUUCUUAACUUAUAACUUAAAUAUUCUCUUUAUCUAUCUCUUACGGUUUGGCUGCUGAAACAGCACCACAGACAGACGGACGGACUUGUCUAAUAGAUAAGAGAUUCUCAGUGACUGAUCUAGUCUUGAGCAUAGUUAGAAAGGGAUGUCGCUAUAUAUAGCACAUAGCGAUAUCCCUUUCUAACUGUACCCAAGUAAAGAUCAACACUUGGUUGUCAUUCUGUAAUACGGGCCUUAAUCGUGCUUAAAUGAAACUUAAGAUUUAAAUAAAACAAGUUUCAGCAGUGCAGAUGCACUGCUUUGUUUGUUUAAGACAUUUCGCAUCCUUUUCAGGCUGCAUCGACAGAAUUAUGUUUUUAUUAAUAAUUGUUUUAUUUAAUAAGUGGUGUGCGUAAAACCUAAGAAACAAAUAACUUUUAAUAAUAAUUUUUUUUGACCAAUCUGAAAUUUGCACUGGCAUGGCGAGUCGAUUGGUUUGUCAAACAAGUACGAAGAUUGAAUUUCUGUAAAAUAAUAUUUAUUUACUGUUUAAAAGUGAUUACAUUUCUAUACAAUCACUUUAUAUUAUUAUUCUUUCUAUAAUAUGUGUAUAAUUCUACUUUCAUGUGAAAUGUAACAACCAUACUUUUUUAAGUUUGAUGUUGCAUAUCUGCUUUACUCUGCUUACUGAAUAUUUUGGCAUUUUAUAUGCUCUGACUACACUCUCGCGACUUGACUCAGUCUAGUGAAAUAUCCGAGUGCAACUUAGUUUAGUUUUGAAGCUGACCCAACAGCGGGGGAAAAUCGACAGAGGGGAACGCUGUGAAUGCCCACUCCCCUAUUGGCCGCAUCGGCCGCGUUGCUCUAUGGUUAACUACAGCUGUAUUUACUGCGUCUCUGUUUGCUAGAAUCAUUACAAAGGUUAAUGCAUAUAAUUAAAUUAGUGCAUUUCUUUUUCCGUUCAUAAAAAAAAUAAGAUCGGUCGACUUUUUCAUGUCCAUUUGUAAAUCGGAAGGUACAUUGAAGCAUAAAUUGAACAUAGUUGUCUGUCACACAAGCAACUCGGUAGCGGUUCCGUUGAGACACACGGUGAUAAAAAAAACUGUUUUUUUUCUAUUUUUUUUUGUAUACUUUAUCCAGUCUUCCAUUGAUCACUGAUGUGACAGAAGGUAGGCUAGGGGUUACCGUGCGACUUCGUCCAUAAUACUUAUGUAGCGUCACUUAGGUACUAACUUGUACAUUGUGUAUAGCCAGGCCCGGGCUUUGUACAGAGCUAGCCCGCUCGGACACUUUUGUAAGAUUUAUUAUUAUUAUUAUUAUUUGUAAAACUAUGGAAUUCGCUGUGGCGCCGCGGUUAUUUCCUUAGUAUAGCGCGUAGUCGAAUUUAUCAAUUUACCUUGUACAUAGCUCUUAUGAUACGUCGUAGCGACGUCCGAGCCGCGACCUAUAAAUAUAUAUAUAUAUUUAAAUAUAAUAUGUAUCUAUAUCUAUACAUUAUGUAAUAUGUAAACUCGGAUCUAAAGUUCACGAUAAAUUAUAUAUAUACAUAUGUAAAAGUGUAUGGUUAUUAUGUAAACACUGUGCAUUUGUAAUUAUGUAGAAGUUAGUUAAGGUUUAAUGAUAGUGGUUUAAUUUUUUAGUUUUAAGCUCGGCGCCGGCCGGCGUGCAAACGCGGACGCCUGCACCGCCACGGACGGUCUAUUAUUAUAAUUACACUAUUAUUUUAAUUAAAUACUUAUAUACACAGUGAAUUUUGAGUUACCCGCGAUUCUUAAAAGUCGUGUAAAUUAACAUAGUGCGAUCAGUUAUAAACAGUUACCGUACUACAUCCAUCAUAUAAAAAUAUUGAUAUUAUAUUGUUUACAAAAUAUUAUCCGAAUAAAGUGCGCAGAUUCUAUAAGUAGUUCUAUUUGAAUCCAUUUAAAACAAUUAAAAUGGUUUCAUAAUUACACAGAAAUAGUGAGUUAACAUGAAGAAGUUUUGGGAAAAAAUAAAUAAUUUCAGUAUCUAAAUCAUUGUCCGAAUAAGCUGGUAAAGUUUCUUAGUUAACUCAAAAUUCACGGUGUAUAUAUAAUUCUUUCUUUUGUACUUUAUAAUUAGCUCAAAGAGUUAAAAAUUUCAUGAUGUGAUCGCGAGUCGCUAGAUAAUUGUGAAUAGUUGUUUAGUAAGAACAGGCGUCGUCGUCAAACAAAAUGACGACUGUAAUUCUCUUUACAGGUAUAAUAAUAUGAACGUAAUAUGAUAAACUUUUCUUUCAUAUUGAAAGCUUUGUUUCGAGAUUGGUGUAGUGUAGUGGCUGGGUGUUGAUGGCGCGCGGGGCUCCGGAACGGUGCAGGCUGUCCGCGCCGCGUGUUACUUUCUUUUUUGUUUUGUAAAUGUUUUUUCGAAGUUAAUGUAAACACGACUGAUUAAAUUAACACGAGCGAGGGGCGCGGCGGCCGCCGGUCCGCUCUCGACAUUGUGAUUUCUUUAUAAAAAAAAACUGUAAUGUUAUUGUAAGUAGCCGAAAGAAAAAGAUAAUCCUUGUAAGUCCGAUCAUAAAUAAGCGAAAACAAAGUUCUGGGAGGACAAAUCAAUAAAUAAGAUGCAAAUCUA